AUGGCCGACCAGGUACAAGAGAUCCUCAACAUCCCCCGGGAGUUCUUCAAGGAUGGCAUGCAGUUCAUCAACCGCAGCCAGAAGCCCGACCGCCGGGAAUUCAUCAAGAUCAGCCAGGCUGUCGGUGUCGGUUUCCUUGUGAUGGGCGGCAUUGGCUUCAUCGUCAAGCUUGUGCACAUCCCCGUGAACAACGUGCUUGUCGGCGCUGCAUAA